AUGAAGACCAAGAUGGAGACUCCUUUCUACCACGACGACUCCCCCGUCGUCCCUGGCUUCAGCCAGAUCACAGAAUACGAGCGUUACUCAGGAAACAAGAUCCUGAUGAGUAAGAAGGUCAUGUCAAUUGUGGGCAGUCAUCACUUCCCCAGCGGUGGUGCAGCAGGAGUAAGGGUUGGGAACCACCAUAACCUGGGGUUUGCCAGCAACAGCUCCCUGAUGACAUCAGCGGCGCACUCAGUGGACAUGAACCUGCUGAAGCUGGCGUCACCCGACCUGGAGCACCUGAUCAUCCAGUCCAACCAGGGACUGGUCACCACCAGUCCUGUGUCGAACUCUACCAAUCCCUUUAUCUACCGCAACCAGGCCACCAAUGAGCAAGAAGGAUUUGCUGAUGGCUUUGUCAAAGCGCUCGCCGACCUUCACAAGCAGAACCAGCUGGUGGGAUGCGGCCCCAUGUCCCCGUCCUCAUCCUCCACCGUCUCUUUGCAGGCAUCCUACCAGAGGAACCUGAUGUCUGGUGGAGACAUGCCUGUCUACACCAACCUCAGCAGCUACAACCCGGGCCAGAUGACGUACUCUGGAGGGCAGAUUGCGUACGGUAGUGGCUCAGGCCAUGGAGAUGGUGGAGUCCCUCAACUCCAUGCCCGAGGCCUAGACGCCCCUCAAACCGUGCCUGAGGUGCCUCAGCCACCAGGCGACCCCACAUCCCCGCCUUCCCUCUCCCCGAUCGAUCUGGAGACACAGGAGCGCAUUAAAGCAGAACGCAAGAAGCUCCGCAACCGUAUUGCUGCAUCCAAGUGCCGCAAGCGGAAGCUGGAGCGAAUCUCGCGGCUGGAGGAGAAGGUGAAGGUUCUGAAGAACCAGAACUCAGACUUGGCCUCCACCGCGACCAUGCUUCGGGAGCAGGUUGCGCAGCUUAAACAGAAGGUCAUGAGUCAUGUCUCCAAUGGCUGCGAGAUCGUUGUUGGUUUAGCCACCGGCACGUCCGGAGGAGGUGCGGUAGGCUCCGGCAUUAAGGACUCCAGCUCCUGAGGAGGUGGGAAACCAGGAGCAUAGAGGCCGAGAGUUUACCAUUUUGCUAUUUUGCUCGCACUCUCGAUCAAAGCAAGGAGAGCCAGGCCAGCAGGACUGAUGGAUGUUAAACAGGAUUUAUGUAGCCCCGUAAACCACUGUCAAUCAUCCAGCCAGAGGGGGAGGGGCUUAGAGGAGAAAGAGGAGACAGGAGGGAUAAAUCCCUGAAGAGACUGUGUGUGUGAACAGAUACAACACAUUUAUUUAACAGGUGAAUUACAUUUACUGGCAGAUUUCUAACAAAAAAGACUACAUUCUUUAUUUUCAGAUGUCAUUACAUCUUAUUAAAUAUACUGUACUGUUAACAGUCUUAUUUCCUUUUAAUUUAUAAAACAAUGUUGGAAUAAAUGAACAUUUAUUUUUUUUAGUGUGAACUUUUAUUUUUGGAAACAGAGUUGAGAAGAUUGUUAAUAAAAGGUAAUCAAAACGCUCAAAUCAAAAUGACUGAAAACUGAAAACAAAUCAAAUUAUAGUGAGAGUGACUCACACUAUUUAUUUUUUCUACUACAAUCCAAUUGUGUGUUAUCACAGCUAAAAAACCUUUACUUAAAAAACAGUUUUUACAGUAACUCGUCAUCGUUAAUGUGAUUUAUGUAAUCGAUUACUGCCGUGGUUGCUAAUAAUCUAGUUACUGUUUAUAUUUUUUUAUUGUGUUUAUAUUUUUUUUCAUCUGUUGUUGCUAAAUGUUUAAAACUUUAAAGCUAUGUUUUGAUCAGAAAAUUGUUCAAAGUUCCAUUGUUGUUACUCUAGCUUUGUUUUUUUUACGGUUGUUGGCUGGUGGACACUUUUCUCACUUUCUGUGGAUCUUUCAGUAAUCAGGACUCAAUGACAUUUUCAAUUUAAGACCUGCAAGCAAAAACAUCUUUAUAUGAUUUUAUCUCUCAAUUUUAAAAUAUGAUUAUUUUUGUACUUUUCAAGUAGUGGAAUAACAUCCUGAUAUGGGAAGAUAAUUUAUCUUUCAACUCAACAGCAGAUUUAAAAAGAAAAUACUUUUGACUGCAUGUUGACAUUCAUAUUUUCUACAGCAACAGAAAUAUUACUUAACAUAAAUUGAUUAAAGAUGAACAUUUUCAUUUCAUAACAGUAUUGUGCAUUUAGGAUAAGACUAUUGAAUAAUAUUUGGAAGCCCAUUUCUGCCAAGGAAAGAGAAAGAAAGAGGAAAUGUUAGCAAUGAUGAAAAUAAAAAAGACUUUUAUAUAAUCUCAUAUGUCAUAAUUUGAC